UUGGGAAUGGUGUUCCACGGAUUUGAGUGGAUUCAAAUGUCGUUACUACGGUUAGGAUUUCUCGCUGUUGCUAUCGGUUGUGCCUCGUGUUCCGAACAGGAAUAUCGAUUAACAAAACAUCUCCUCGAGGGUUACGAUGCGGGUGUCAGACCAGCGAAAAAUUCAUCUCAACCGCUGGUGGUGAUUUUUGGCCUCUCGCUCCAUCACAUCAUCGAUGUGGACGAGAAGAAUCAGAUUCUCACAACGAACUGCUGGUUGACGCAGAUCUGGACUGAUCAUCAUCUCAGGUGGAAUGUCUCGGAGUUCGCUGGAAUACAAGUGAUUCGAGUCCCUUAUAAUCGAGUCUGGAGACCCGAUACCAUUCUUUACAACAAUGCAGACCCACAGUACAGCUCAGCUGUCAUAAACACAAAUGUCAUCGUAAGUCAUACAGGUGAAGUUGUGUGGCUGAGCCACGGAAUAUUCCGGAGCAGUUGCAACAUCGACGUGGAGUUCUUCCCCUUCGACGUGCAGACAUGUGCAUUAAAAUGGGCAUCCUGGACCUACGAUGGAUACCAGCUGGAAUUGGAGCGUCAGAGCGAGCAAGGGGAUGUGAGCAACUACCAGGCAAACGGUGAAUUUGAUCUCGUUGAUUUUACUGCACGACGUAAUGUGCAAUACUACUCGUGCUGUACUGAGCCUUAUCCAGACAUCACCUACGAGAUUAGACUGAGACGUCGACCCAUGUUCUAUGUCUUCAACCUCAUCCUACCGUGCAUAUUGAUCAACGGAAUCGCGCUUUUGGUCUUUUAUGUGCCGUCCGAAUCCGGAGAGAAAGUCACACUGGGGAUUUCUGCACUUCUCUCCAUGACAGUUUUUCUCAUGACCAUCAGGGAAACUCUACCACCUACCGAGAAAACUCCACUCAUCAGUCUCUACUACGGAGUGAGCAUUUGUCUAGUGUCCUUCGCCUCGGGUCUGGCCGUCGUCACCCUGAACCUUCAUCAUCGCGGGGUUCGUGGCACAGGUGUUCCAGCUUUUCUCAAGACUUUGGUCUUAAGAAAAUUGGGUAGAAUUCUGUUUUUCAAUUUCAAACAGAAAGAGUCAACUUCAACUUCGAGUCGGGAAUCCACUCAAUCCACUCGAAGAAGACAAGCCUGUCCACUUCACUGCUCUAUGGAACUGCAGCAGACGUCUCCAAAAAUAGUGACAAGACGCUCAGACAGUAACAACAGCAGUGCCAGCAUAGACCUAGGUGGAGAGACUAGCCUGGAGCUCCACUGGUCUCGUAUUCUGACUCGUGUACAUGCGACAAUCGAGAGAAAUGAGAGGAGAUUGACAGAUCAGGAUAGGAGAGAACAGGCCGAGCUAGAAUGGAAGCAAGUUGCCCUAGUGAGCGAUCGGGCAUUGCUCUGUGUAUUCUUCCUAACGACUGCCAUCAGUACAGCAGUAAUCCUCUGCGGUGCUCCACCCAUCGAAGAAGCUGCCAAGAAGGGCUAGUCUCCCCCCGAAAUUCUC